AUGCAGGCCCGCAGCGUCGCGGGCAGCACGAAUCUCCAGGCAACACGUGAACGGCCACGAUCACCUCCGCGCGGCCAUAGGACGGACCCCUCCAAGUCCCAGCCCAAACAAAUCAAGUCCUUGUCGAGCCAAGCCGUGACUUGUGCUGCAGCUGCGACUCUGCUCUCGGUGAUCGUCCUGGGCGCCGCCGGCGCUGGCACGACGACGCUGUUCAGGUCGGAGCUGCUGGGCAGCGCGUGGACGGGGUUCCUGGCGGGGUGCCUGCACACGCUGUCGGGGCCGGACCACCUGGCCGCGCUGGCGCCGCUGUCCAUCGGGCGGUCCAGGGUGGAGAGCGCGGCGGUGGGAGCGCUCUGGGGUUGCGGCCACGACGCCGGCCAGGUCCUCUUCGGCCUGCUCUUCCUCGGCCUCAGGGACCGCCUCCACAUCGAGGUCAUCCGCACCUGGAGCACCCGCGUCGUCGCGCUCACGCUGCUCGUCAUCGGCGCGCUCGGCAUCCGCGAGGCCAGUGAGCACCCGGCUACAACAGAAACGCUGCCGGCGGGCGGCAAGACGAAGAUCAACUUCGCCACGUUCGCCACCGGGAUCGUCCACGGCCUCCAGCCGGACGCGCUCAUGAUGAUCCUGCCGGCGCUCGCGCUCCCGUCGCGCGUCGCCGGCGCCGCGUUCCUCGGCAUGUUCCUCGUCGGGACCGUCGUCUCCAUGGGGAGCUACACCGUCUUCAUCGGUUCGUGUACGGAGGCGCUCAAGGACAGGAUUCCCCGGAUCACCGAGAAACUCACGUGGGCCGCGUUGCUGCUGGCCAUAUCCAUGGGGCUUGCCAUCCUCGUCAGCCAGUCCUUCGGAAUCACCCUGUACUGA